GACGGCUCAGGCUGGGAGUUGCUGCCGGGUUACAGGAUGGAAAUUCCUGGCGUCCCCAGGGAGGGAGCUCGGGCUCGGGGCUGUGAAAGGCUCAUUUAUCCAGCGCGCUGCUGCGGGGCGCUGCAGACACUGACUAAUCCCCCCGCUCCGGCUCGCUCCGCUCCCAGCCAGCCCGGCCCCGCGCCCCCGGCAGCCCGCACCAUGCGCUCUCCGCCCGCCGCUGCCGCCACCGCCGCCGCCUCGCUGCUCCUGGCCGCGCUGCUGCUGGUUGCGCCGCCGCUCGGGGAGUCCGAGAGCCCGAAGGGGAAGCACAAGCCGCUGCGCCAGAGGGAGGUGGUGGACUUGUACAAUGGAAUGUGUUUACAAGGACCUGGUGGUGUUCCUGGACGAGAUGGAAACCCUGGCAUCAAUGGAAUUCCUGGGACACCUGGAAUUCCUGGUCGGGAUGGGUUGAAAGGAGAAAAAGGAGAAUGUAUGCGAGAAAGCAUUGAGGAGUCUUGGACACCCAACUUUAAACAGUGUUCAUGGAGUGCGCUGAAUUAUGGCAUAGAUCUUGGGAAAAUUGCAGAAUGUACAUUCACAAAGAUGCGCUCUAACAGUGCUCUAAGAGUUCUCUUCAGUGGAUCACUUCGACUCAAAUGCAAAAAUGCAUGCUGCCAGCGGUGGUAUUUUACAUUUAAUGGAGCCGAAUGCUCUGGGCCACUUCCUAUUGAAGCCAUAAUUUAUUUAGACCAAGGAAGCCCAGAGCUGAAUUCAACUAUUAAUAUACAUCGCACUUCUUCAGUGGAAGGACUGUGUGAAGGAAUCAGCGCUGGGUUGGUGGAUGUUGCUAUUUGGGUUGGUACUUGUGCAGAUUACCCAAGAGGUGAUGCUUCUACUGGAUGGAAUUCUGUCUCUCGUAUCAUCAUUGAAGAGCUGCCGAAAUAGAAGUUUUUUCUAAACCUCCUUAUAACCCAUCGUUCCCAAGCCCCCCAUAUCAAUUUUUUAUACACAUUUUGUACAAUUAACUUUGAAAUUGAAUAUUUCUGUAGAGCUUUGUAAGCAUCUGGCCAGAAUACACAGACUUGCUUACAAGCACCCUAGUUGAGUUUUUCCAGCUGAACUGUUUAACAGGUAGGCACAUCACUGUUAAGCACACCUGGCAAGUUCUUCUACAAUAUAUGUUUAGAAUAUUAGAAACAAGUUUGUCCAGUUGUUUUAUUAUAAUUUGGACUGAAUAUUUAUCACCUUUGUAAAAACUAGAGAUUAAAUCUUUUUAUAUCAGUUAAAUAAAUAAGACCUUUUAUAAAAAGAGGCAAAAAUCCAGGCUAUUUUAUUGUCAGCAAAAUGCAAAGGGUUUUACUUUUUACAUGACUAUUAUGAAACAGGUGUAUUAGAGUAGCUUGUCAGACAUUAAAGUAGUAUCUGUGGAGAAAAUACUAUACUUUAUUCUUCAUUUCAGAUUUCAAGAGCAUUACUUAAAAGCAUCAAAUCAUAUUAUUCGAACCUGACUGUACUACUGUAGCACCAGAUUAUUCAACUUUACUAUAGUUCUGAUUCAACUCCCAUUGAUGUUAGUGAGAGUUGGAUCCAGGCCGAUAAGAAGCAGAAAACAUCUCAUUUUAAAAGAUUAAGUUUUCAGCAUACCAUUUUGGCUUUUUCACCACUAAGUUAAAUAACUCAUUAAGAAGUUCUCCGCACUCAAUUUAUUUUUAGUAUGAAAGUCAGUCAGUACUGAAGAAGACUAAUAAGGGUGUACAAUUUUACUACAACAAAUGCUGAUUUAUCUUAAUAAUUAAGGUAUUUCAUUUCCCCAACAAACUAGUUUAUUUCAUAGUCUUCUUAGCCAGUCACCACUUAUCACUUUGGUGCUAAGAUAAUUAUAAAUCAGCAACACAAAAGCAUUAAGUGUGUUACAUUAAUAGGAAUGGAAAAAAUAAAUAUUUAAGGGUAGGCUCAAAUGCCUAUGCUCUAUGGCCUUCAGAAUAGUUUGCAAGUGUUAGAAGCAAUCACACUAUGAAGGUGAUCAUGUUGGUCAUUCAGCAUUUCUCAUAGCUAACUGUAGCAUUCUAAGUAUUCACUCCAAAAUGCAGCUGUCAAGUGACAGUACCCACAAAAGUGGGGCCCUUUUAAAUUUUUACAACUUAAAAGCUAAGUGGUUAAGAAGAACUCAAAUUUUGCACUGAAGACACAAUCCAAAGGAAAAGUCACUAAAACAUGUAUAACAUGUGAAAGCGUAAUGACUAGUUUUCCCUAGAAUUAAAAAGAAAAAAAACAAACAUGUACAGCUUAGAUUCAGGUUUUAACUUUAUUUCUUAAAAAAAAAAACCACUUUGGCUCAGCCAGGUUCUGAAGAGAAUAUGCAAUACAUAUUUUUUAAGAUUGUCGCCGCAUUUCCCUCUCAAAUUUCUACCUCCAUUUUGCAGUGAGUUGGUACCAUAUAAACUAACCUGAAACUAGGAGGGCUGUCAGGCUCUUCUACCUGGAAAUAAUACCAGUGUUGCUGCUGAGGUCCAGCAACCUAUACAGCGGCUAUAUCUCCCUAGAACUUUGUUCAUUGCCACUGUUUUCAUGGGGUUUCACCAAGUGGUUAAUAAUGCAAUGCCCUAUUGAAUUAGUCCUACAUAAUAUGUACUUGAUUUUUUUUUUUUUAAAUAAAAACUUCAUAAGGCACAUGAAGUUAAAACUGCAUUAUACAGAGAUGUUAAGUUUCGUAAUUCACAUGAUGGCCUUUGAGUAAGUUCAGUUAUCAUUCAAGUACAAAUGAAAUGUAAAUAUUAAAAAUGCCUAGAUAAUAAAGGCUAGCUAAUG